AUGGAUAGGAAUAUUCUUGAUGCUGCUAGCGAUAGAGCACUCGUCGUUAAAACUCCAGCCGUCGCCAAAGCUUUGAUCGAAAAUAUGUCCCUCAACUCCCAACAAUUUACAACCAGAAACAAUUCUGUCCAAGCAAAGGGUGUGAACGAAAUUCAGGUUUCCUCCAACAAAGCUUUAGAAACCAGAAUUGACGAGCUCACCUCUUUAGUGAAACAAUUGGCAGUAGGUAAGACUCAAGCGGCAAACCUGUGUGGUAUUUGUACUUUUCAUGAGCAUCCAACCGAUACUUGUCCUAUUUUACUUGAUGAAUCGAUCACUGAGUUGCCUCAAGCUUGUGCAGCAAACCUUUACAAUCAAGGUAACAAUCAGAACAAGAACCAUCCCAACCUUCGAUAUGGAAACCAGCAGCCAACCCAACCAGCAGCUACCCCCCAAGCCACCAUUUCUACACCCUCUGGACCUUCAUUAGAGGACCUAGUCAAACAACUAGCUGUUAAUAAUCUUCAGUUUCAACAAAGAACAGAAUCUAGUAUUCAAACCUUACAGACACAGAUUGGACAGCUUGCCACCUCAAUGAAUGCCAUGCAAUCCCAAGGAUCAAACCAACUUCCUGCCCAAGUAGUUGUGAAUCCAAAAGGUCCUAAUGCCAAUGUCAGUGCAAUUUCUUUGAGGUCCGGAAAGGUCACAAAACCAGCCCCCGAAAAAAAUAAAAGAAUUCUUGAGGUAACAUCUGAACUUUCUUCACCUUCUUCUGUUGUGGUAGAAACUGAAAAGAAUAAAGAAAAAGAAUAUGUACCACCAGUCCCUUUUCCACAUAGAGUUCUGAAAAAUAAAAGAGUUGAGGAAGGAGACAAAGAGAGGGAGAUCUUGGAUGUUUUUAGAAAAGUUGCGAUAAACAUUCCACUUCUUGAUGUCAUUAAGUAG